CACAUUGCAAUUUACAAAACAGAUAACUAAAACCAAUAUCGGGAAAAGGACCUUGCCUCAAAAAAGAAUUUCGCUCCACCUUUUACACAACGUGGUUUAGUGUGAGCAAAGCCAUAUAGCGUCCAGUUUUAAAAAUUUUCUAUUGGUCCUCCCCAGGUCCGUGUUGCCUAGGAUAUAUAACGAAGAUUGCUGACAAACAAAGCAGUUUUAACUGAGUAGGCUACCACAAAUCUCAACAUAUUUUGAAGAUAAGUUUUUGCUAGUAUGCUUACCCUCUAAGAUGACCUAUGUUCAAAAAUAUCUUAGUUCUUGGUAGACUACUUUUUAGCGCGUGAGUCGCAUCUCGUCAAAAUCUAGACCCUUGUUUGACCUACUUUUUUUUAAACUCGAAAAAUCUAUUUUCACAUUUACAACCAGCUCAAACCAGAAAAAGUCUCAUCACAUCUAGUCUAUCAAAACCUUUUAUAGAUGCAAAACGCGACACGGGCCAACGAAGACUUGAAUUCCCCUGGAGCAUCGCAUUUUUCAAAGCCUCAGUCAGAUGAGACACCAAUGCAAAUGUGUAAGAACAUACGUAUCAUAUUAUGCGUUUUUCCUUUUACAACGUUUUGACUAAACGCAGCCAUCACCUUAGAAACGAGAAAUUGAUACUGUCAGUUCGUUCCGCAAAAAAGGAUGACUUUUGGAGAUUGUUCAACUACUAGUCAAUGCCAAGGCCGGAUCUAUUAACUAUGCUAAAAGGUCGAAAUUUAAGUGCUUACCUUUUGUUGACCUUGUUUUCGUUGAUGGUCUUGUGAAUAAUUACAGGUUAGCGCUAUGUACCUGAAUAAUGAAAAAAAAAGACAAUACCACUUAAUAAUUAACGGAGGCGGCUGAUUUCUUUCGAAAGAUUGGGUUACAUUUACUCUGUUUAGAUAGUUUUGUGACGCAGUACCAUAUUUGUCUGUUGACACGACAGCCUACUUGAUAUUCUUAAAUGGGGCCACGAAAGUCCAUGUUGCAAAGAAGUUACCCGAAUCCAGCAGGUCAAGUCGCAUCAAAACUAUUUAGUGAUGCAAUGACACAGUUUUACGAAUCUUUUUAAAACCUUUUAAAUCUUUUCAAAACUUACCAAAAGAAGCGGCAAAAAGCUCUUCGAGUAAACGAAAAGGGCAUCAUUCUUUAAAAAAAGACACGAAACUCGUUGGGUCAUGAAAAAUGACGGAGGCAGCCGUGCGGGAUUUACGAUUUAGUUCCUCCUAGGAAGGGCUAUCUCCCAUCAAUCAGAAUUCUUCGAGCAAUCAUCAUCAACGGGUUUAACCAAAGCGGCAGUUAAAGUUGUUGCGAGAUAUCACUACCGUGGACAAAAUCCAAACAGUUGCAAGUCCAGUGGCGCAGGCAAUAAACUCGACAAUACCUCCAAUUACCGCACCCAACCGCCUCCUUAGGAAAAAAGAAAGAAAGUCGAGUGUUUGUAUAAAGAUGAUUACAGAAAAAGAGGUCGCCGCGCUUGCCUAUAAACUGUUGUUAUUUAUUGCUAUUUGACAAGCAUUGUAGGUGGAAAAAAAAUACCGCAGCAAAACUACGCUCCACUUGGUUCUUACGGUAGCUCAGAGAAACCGCAUCCUGAAAAAUCAUUUAACGUAAAAAGGUGCGACACCACGAAUACGUUUAGUUUCAUUUCGGACACCACGUCAUGAACUAGCUCAUUCAUACGGUCAAGCAACAACAGUGUGAAACACAGACGAGAUGUUUGGAAAUGUGAGUCCAGCUGUUGUUCUACUGUUUAAAAUAUCAAUUAUUGGUUAUUGUUGUUUUGGUGAUCAACAGAGCUUCUCGGAAAGGCAAGUGAGUAGACCAUGGAUACAGGAAUUGUUAACACAAGAGAAAUCUAGAAAUCUUACCAGUGCGACGACAAACGCGGAUGGAUAUCUGAAAAGCCAAAAUGUGCAACUAUCCCGGAUACCAACCGAUGUUAGUUUACAAGUUUUCCGUUUUGCGGGUAACAAAUCACUACAAAGAAGAACUAAAUCAAAUGCAGGAACGAUAUUAUUCGUCCCCAAGUUCGUUAUAGCAGUAGGAGCCAUAGCAGCGGCCAUCGCUGUGGCUGUUACCUCGCACGGAAAGCAUACUAAAAUAGAAGAAAUCGAUAUCGACUUUAGGCUACUCAACAUUCUUACACCUAUAAACGACUUACCGAUGCCAGUUACAGGAGUAGACUUUCCAUCCGACGGAUGUGGAGACAACUCGGUGCGAUUCAAUGGAACUUGCUUUCCGGUUUUACACAAAGGUCCAUGCCAUCGAAUUGAAUGGGUCACCAUAGAUCCCAUUACAUUGCAGGGACGAUGCACUCCACGUCUUUGCGGUCGAGAAAGGGUAUUAGUUGUUCGCGAUGGACUUUGUCACGAUAUUUACGAUCCUGGCGAGUGCCAAGGUGGCCGGCGACUAUACUAUACAGCUUACGGAGAUCCCAUAUGCGAUUGCCCAAUUGGACAAUAUCCAUUUCCGCACCCCCAUGACAACUGUGUUCCACUUUUCACCCAAGGGCCUUGCCAAGAUGGAUACGUAGUAAGCAUUAAUCAAGAUGGACGAUUGGGCUGCACGCCAGCUGAAUGUGAAUCAACCGAUGGGAAAGACUUUUUACAACAGUUGGUGUUGGCCAAUAAAGCAUGCUACGUCCUAGGAUCCCGUGGCCCUUGUUCGACUACUUCCCAGCUACUGGGCUACGAUAUCUUCAAAAGGCGAUUGCAGUGCGUCAAUCUCUUGGAUCCUUUCUCGCCCUAUUUCUCUUGGCACGAAGAAAACAAUUUGCUUGAUAGCAUCUACAAUCACCUGCAUCUGGAAUCCGAUGAAUUUCGAACAUCCUUAGUCUAUCAAAGUCUAGAGGGGAGAAACGACACACUCCGCAGGCAGGGCGCGAACACCGCUGGAAUAUUUCAAUUCCCUAGCUCCUCACCGGAAACACUAUUAAAUCCAUGUCGGACUGGAGCGAGACAAGGGACAAAUUAUAAAUGUACCAACCCUUUAGUGCCCAACAUGAAUCGGAGAGACCUGCUGCCAGUUGUACGACCCGGAGUGAAAACCAACUGUGAAGGUAACGCUGUGUUCAUCGCUGUAACUGGUCAAUGUCGACCACGAUUUUAGUUCAAAUGUCCAAAUCACAAAAUUUGAAAUCUAAAUGUAACGACUGAUCAUGGCAAAUUAGCCAUAUCAUAAAAAUUUUGAAUACACAAGCGAGUUACCUUUGACAA